AUGCCUACACCGACCGAAGAAAUGUGGAAGAACAUAGCUAAUGAUUUUUUUUAUAUGUGGAAUUUUCCGGGAUGUAUCGGGGCUCUGGAUGGAAAACACGUUACCAUUCAAGCACCUCCAAAUACAGGAUCAAUGUUUUUCAAUUAUAAAAAUACAUUCUCUAUGGUUUUGUUGGCUCUUGUGGAUGCUCACUGUAAUUUUAUUGCUGUUAAUGUAGGGGCAUAUGGCAAGAGUAGUGAUGCAGGUGUUUUUGCUAAUUCAAAUUUAGGUAAAGCACUUCAUCGUGGAUCAAUGAAUAUUCCAGCUAAUUUGACCAUACCCAACACAGAUACACAAGUUCCAUAUGUAAUUGUAGGUGAUGAGGCAUUUCCUCUAAAACCUUACUUGAUGCGACCUUAUCCAGGGGACAAAUUAGAUGACCGAAAGCGCAACUUCAAUUACCGUUUGAGUCGUGCCAGGAGGACAUCAGAAAAUACAUUCG